GUUUGAAUAACACAGCCCUCACCCAGGUACGGAAGCCGAGUGGAGAGUGUACUGGUACGCGGUUGUGGGGUCUCUGCCUGAGUAUGGCGGAUUGGAAUGUAUUGGGGUGAGGGAGAGACAGGGACAGGGACAGGGAGAGAUGAAAGUGGAGAUGAAAAGCAAACACGGAUACUGCACUUUUUAGAAAUAUAUAUUUUUUUCUUUAAUAACUCAACGCGAGACCUGUUUUUGGUUUCCUAGUAUUACAAGGGCCGUGCGCGGUUAAGCACGUUUUGUUUUCAUUUAGACAAACUAGGCUAAUGAAAAAGUGCAGAUUAUUUCAAUAUGUCUUUUCUGUUCCUUGGAGCAUAAUAUUUGGACGCUACACUCGCAUAAUAUUUAUUAGUGGUAAUGUGAGCCAUUAUGUAAUUAGAUGUAGAUGUAAGUCAUUUGUGGUGUGAUUAAACAUAUAUGCGGUACAUACAGUAUAUAUUUUGCAGGGGUAAAAAUAAUGUGUGUUGUUUUUCUUUUUUAAAUCAUUUUUAGAAGUUUAUUUUAUAUUUUAAAAUUAACGAGAGUAUAAUUAUUAUUAUUAUUAUUAUUAUUAUUAUUAUUAUUUCCCCUGUAAUUGUGGUUCUUUUUCGGAAACAAUGCGCGAGUAUAAAGUGGUGGUGCUGGGGAGCGGCGGGGUCGGGAAAUCCGCUUUGACUGUGCAGUUCGUGACUGGGACCUUUAUCGAGAAAUACGACCCGACCAUCGAGGAUUUCUACCGCAAGGAAAUCGAGGUGGAUUCGUCGCCUUCUGUCCUGGAGAUCCUAGACACAGCUGGCACAGAGCAGUUCGCCUCUAUGAGGGAUCUCUACAUCAAAAACGGACAGGGCUUCAUCCUGGUCUACAGUCUGGUCAACCAGCAGAGUUUCCAAGAUAUCAAACCUAUGAGGGACCAGAUCAUCCGAGUAAAAAGGUAUGAGAAGGUGCCAGUGAUUCUGGUUGGAAACAAGGUGGACUUGGAGAGUGAGCGGGAGGUGUCCUCCGGAGAGGGUCAGGCACUGGCAGAGGAGUGGGGCUGUCCUUUCAUGGAGACCUCAGCCAAGAGCAAAACCAUGGUAGAUGAAGUGUUUGCUGAGAUUGUCCGGCAGAUGGACUACGCAUCCCAACCUGACAAGGACGACCCUUGCUGCUCCUGCAAUAUACAAUAGCAGGGAGUGGCAUGUCUGCUAUUGAAGUGUAUUAACUAGUCUUAUAAGUGGCACCAGAACAAAAUGAAUCCCUGAACAGCUGACAGAAAUCCCAACAUUCACCGGUGGAUAAUCUGUGAAGCUCUCAGUUGUACAGGGGCAGCAGUGUGGAGUAGUGGUUAGGGCUCUGGACUCUUGACCGGAGAGUUGUGGGUUCAAUCCCCAGUGGGGGACACUGCUGUUGUACCCUUGAGCAAGGUACUUUACCUAGAUUGCUCCAGUAAACACCCAGCUGUAUAAAUGGGUAAUUGUAUGUAAUGUGAAAUAAUGUAUAAUGUGAUAUCUUGUAACAAUUGUAAGUCGCCCUGGAUAAGGGCGUCUGCUAAGAAAUAAAUAAUAAUAAUAAUAAUACAGACACGGAGAACUCGCUGAAUCCUGACAAAAUCCAUUCCAUCACUGUCACAGCAAGCAGAAAAAAAUCAAAACUGAUGGCUUGCAGGAUGAAAAAGUUCAACUGACUGUUCAACAAAAAUGAACACGACACCAACGGUUUGAACUUCUUUCAUUUCAGGACUCUUGGCGGUGCCUUACAGUGCUCAAACUUUACAAUGACAGGGAAGCUGAUUGCUACUGAAACAGCCUAAGCAGGAGGAAAGAUUGUCACUGUGGUCCAGGUUUUUAAACAUUUGAUGAGGAAUUGAUUAGUGUACCAGGUUCCUCUGCAUAGGAAGGACAAGCCAUGUAAAACUUUGGAAAGCUUUUUAGUCCCCUGAAGAGGAACAUCGAAGCCGACCGAGCGGAUCCCUGGAUUUCAUGAACACGAGGAGGAUGUUGUUACCACGGUGCUCAGACUGAAAGCAGCUGCUCGUCUAUCUGUCUCUGCUGUGUGUUCGCAGAAGACAUGACAAACAGGGCUUCUUUAGAAAGCAGGAAUUGAUUGUUUUUUACUUUUUACUUUAUUUAUUUCUACACACUACAUCAGCUCUUAUUACAAUUAGACAUCUGAAAAACGUUCCAUUUGGUUUUACGGAGACCGUGUUGACAAGAAGAGAAACUUAGUUCUGCAUUCUCACAUUUCAUUAAAAUGAAACCAGCUGUAAAAAGUAAUAAUAAAUAAAUCCAUAUUUCCAUUUCUUUUAAGGGCUGAGGUUUUUUGUUUUUUUUGUCUAAGUAAUGGAAUAAACAGAAUCUCUGAAACUCCUCUUUUGAUUAUUCUGACAAAGAAAGAAAAAAUGAUGUAAGGAAUUCAGGAUCGUAUCUGGACAGGCAGGAAAAGUGAACUGCUCAGAAUUUAGUCUUAUGCAACCCAUCCAAUGAGUUUUCUUCAGAUUCAUUUUCUCUGUUUUCGGGGAGGGGGGCUUCAAAAUGGCUGUAAAUACUUUUUAAUAAAAGGUGCUCGUUCUACAAAAGACAAUUGUGCAAUUAUCUGUAGGGUCAACCAUAUGCAUAGCUAGUUGCUAAAAAAAAAUUACAAAUAAGGAGUCAAGUCAAGCUUGGUAAUACAGCAUGCAGGGUCCUUAGCUAAAAACUCAGAAGCUGGAGGCUGUCCAAAAAAGUUUUCUUCGAAACAAAAAAAACAUUGUCUUACUAGUUUAGUUUUGUUUUUUGUUUCUUUAACUCUUCAUUUCUGACUCUGCUGCUUUCUUUUAAACUGUACAGUACAAUGACUUGAGAAAUUCUACAGUUAUUUACACUUUUAAACCACAAUGUGAACCAGGGAUGGGGUCAAUUCCAUUUUUUUAAAAAUUUUUAAAUAAAUUCCCAAUUCCCAUUCCAUUUUAAUCAAUUCCAACACAUCCUUGAUCAAAAUUGCACUCACAGUGGCAAAGAAAUUACUUAAACCACCGCAGUCACUGUUCAAUUAAUUGGCUUCAAAUUAAAGCAGUUGAACAAUCACAAUAAUGAUGUCUGUAAAAUAAAAAAAAUUCAAAUUCCUUCAAAGGAAUUGGAAUUUAUUAAAAAAAAAUUGGCCUCAACCCUGAUGUGAACACAGGGAUUUAGGUUAAAACAAAUUGUUCUUGUGCUUUGGGUAAGUUUUAUUAAACUUUAAAUCCUACAUGAAACUGGAUUAUGCUGCAUAGUUUCCAUAACUGUGGAACAAUUUGAAAUGCUUUAACUUGAUGCCCGAUGCUGUCCCUUAAUCACUGUAUACAGUUUCACGAAUGUACAUGCAGCAAUAUAAAUCGGAAUAAACAUUUUGAUUCCAA